AUGACGGCACUUUCUGCCAAAACUUCUGGACUUUCUGCCAAAUUUGAUCCCCCCGCACUUUUGAAAACAAUUGGGAACCCUGGUAGGAAAGAUGAAGAAGAGAAAAAACCUGAACCAGCACAAGCAGUUGAUAAUAAAAUGACAGCACCUAUUUUUGUUGAUAAACCAAAAGCAGUGACAGCUAAUGGUGGUGAUAAAGUACAAGUAGAUCGUGAUUGGACUGAAGUUGCAGAAGUACCAGCACGUGAACAUUCAUAUACUGUUUCAAAUUUGAAAGAAGGUGAUGAUAUUUCACUUCGUAUUCGAGCUGUUAUUGCAAUUGGUCCUAGUGAACCAAACAAACCAUUAUUUCUUGAUUUACAUGGUAUUAAAGAUAUAACAACAUUAGAUAAUAUUAUCACCUUACUUAAUCGUAAAACCGAACGAGGAGAUGCUGGUAUAUAUAAAUUAGUAUUAAAAAAUAGUGAAGGUACAAAUCAAGUGCAAUUUCGUGUUAAUGUUUUUUCAAUACCAACAAAACCUGAAGGUCCACUUGAAGCAACAAAUGUAACUGCUGAAGGAUAUACACUUAAUUGGAAACCAUUAAUAAUGGUGGUAAUGAUAACAUGUGAUGUUAAAGGUUUAGAAGAUGGAAAAAAUUAUGAAUUUCGUGUUACAGCAAAAAAUGAAGUUGAAAAAGGAACACCAUCUGAUGCAACUAAACCAACUAAAGUUAAAGAUCCAAAUACAUCUACUCCACCAGAGUUUCUUAAAAAAAUUAAAAGAUGCCGAAGAUUCAAAGGCACUGAAGAAAUCUCUCAAGGUGCUAAAUAUACUAUAACACCUGAUGGUGAUAAAUAUAUUUUGGUUAUUAAUAAUGCUACACCAGAUGAUGUUGAUGAAUAUAGUAUUAAAGCACGUAAUAAAGGUGGUUCAAGAAUAUGUCAUUGUAAUAUUAAUGUUCGAUCACCACCAAGAUUUCGUUUACCACCGAAAUAUCAAGACGUUCUUGUUUAUGAUAAGGGUAUGGGUGGUGUGGGUUAA